AUGAGCGCGAUCCCAUCACCAUUCCCGGGAUCGCAUCUUGUGCUUGCCUCGAUCAUCCUCUACACUCUCAUACAUCUUUUUGCGAAAUCUUGGGCUCUCUCCAUCGACGGCUAUGAGAGAGGGAACCGAUUCCGGCUAAUCUCUGUGGCCAAGCUAGAAAUCUCGAUGUUUGUCUUGAACAUUUUCGUCUAUCACCAAUUGAUGAAAUGGUUUCAAGACGAUCAGAAACAAUAUGGGAAAUUUGGAGCAACUGCAAGGAGAAAAACGAAACAAAGAGCCUCUAUUUCACUGAUUAUUUUCCUCUUCUUAGCCCACGCAUUAUAUUUCAUGUACUACGCGCCGACAUGGAUGCAAUGGCUCUUCUUUGAUCUAACGUCUAUCGCUUGCGGUCUCUGGACGAACGUGAUGGCGUUUGUUUGCGGCUUUUUUCUCGUCAACUUGCUAAUCACUCCAUUCCAAAACUUUAAACCAACAGCUUGCCUGAUUGCCUUGUUUUCUAAAGUUAAUUAUUUCAAAAAGUUGCUCUUCGAUCGAAAAGAACAAAUCAAAUUCACGUUUGGAUUCAGCAUUGUUUUAUCGUUGCUUAUGUGGUACGGAGCUGAUAAAAUUGUGAUAAAAGAACGGGAAUUUCGCAUCGGAAACUUCACCGGCGAUAGAGAGCUUCGGUUUGCUGUUGUCUCGGAUAUCCACGCUGGAGCAAGUGUCUACAUUGAACAAGUAAACCGGGUAGCCGAAGCAUUGUUGUCGCUUAAACUCGACGCCGUUUUCAUCGUUGGUGAUAUGGUGGAUGGAGAGGUGAAAGACAUUGGAAAACGCGUUUCUCCAAUGUUCACUGUAGCUCAGAGAUUUCCGACCUACUUUGUCACUGGUAAUCACGAUUACUACAUUGGAAACGUGCAAGAGUGGCUUGAUUUGUACAAAAAGAAUGGGAUUCGUGUGUUAUCGAAUGAAGCGACAAUGAUUCACAAUAUUUGCCUAGCUGGGGCUACUGAUAUCGCUUCUCACAAAGCUGGAAUCGUUUCUCAAGAGAUGAACAUCUCUCUGGCUCUCUCGCAUUGUCCACCAGCUGGCAAAGCGACUCGCGUCCUCUUGGCUCACAAUCCAGCAUCCGUUCGAGAGAUUGCCGCGUCUGAUUUGAAGACGAUCGAUUUAGUACUUUCAGGCCACACACAUGCCGGUCAAUUCUACGUGGUUUUCCCAGCUGUCUACUGGAUUUUACCGUAUUUCUAUGGUGUCUACGAUCUCCCGCAUCCAUCCACCGGGAAAUUGAUGAUCACCGCCGGGUCACUCUAUCAAGGGCCACCAAUGAAAAUGUUGCAAAUGUCCGAAAUUUGGGUGGUCACUCUGAAAAAUGUC